AUGCAUUCAGCAGCAGAGACACAAGAUGCUGCUGCUGCAUCAGCAUCAGCAGCAUCAGCAGCAGCAGCAGCAGCAGCAGCAGAGAGACAGAACCGUGAGAGAGUUGAGGCAGAAUUAGCGGAUGAAGAUCUCGAUAGAAUGAUGGCAGAAAGGUAUCUGAAUUCUAAUAGACAGUAUCAUAGAUAUCAUUCUCUUAUUAUUACUCUAUAUAAAGAAUUAUAUUAUAGACAUCUUUUUCUUAGGUGUCCUGAGCUAGCAACAUGGGAACAUCGUCGUGAUUCAUGGAAUAAUUAUGCAUUACUUGUUGAAUAUCUUGCAGAUACUAGCUGCGCUAAGGAUCGUGAGACAUUAACCCUUCCUGUACAAUGGUUAUGGGAUAUGUUAGAUGAAUUUGUUUAUCAAUUCCAAGAAAGUUCUAGAUGGAUACAAAGAAGAUGCAAAACUCUUGCAGACACCACAGAUAGAAAAAAGCUACUUGCUGAGCUUGAGGCUGGUGAUUUAGAUGUAUGGCCAGCAGCACGUGUAUUUGAAUUGCUGCAGAAGAUAGUGCAGCAAAGUGGUAUAAAAGAGCAUUUGCUGCAGCAGCAGCAGCAGCAGCAGCAGCAAAGAUCAGAUGCAGCAGCAGCAGCAAAAGCAAUAGAAGAUGAAUUAGGAUUACAAUUAGGUUAUUUUGCUCUUAUUCUACAGCUUAAAUUACAUGUCCAAGUGGGGUUGUUCUAUUUAGGUGUAUGUAGUGUAAGCCUAAUAGAAUUAACACCUAAAUCUUUUUAUUGGCGUGUUCCUGUUGCUCAUUUCUCCUUUGUAUUUCAUCUUGGAUUUGCUUAUAUGAUGCUUAGACGCUACCAGGACGCAAUAAGAAUAAUGUCUCAAGCUGUGUUAUCUUUAUCUCGUCAACGUGGUCAGAUAUUAGGUGUACAUACACCGCAGAAUACAUCUUCUCUUAAUAGAUGCGCAGAUAGAUUAUUAAUUCUUCUUCUUCUUUCCUCUAAACUUAGCGGUAUUAAACUUGAUGAUUCUAUUCAUCAAACUAUUAAAGAAAGACAUAGUGAUAAAUAUUAUAAACUACAACAAGACACAGAGGAAGCAUAUUGUGAAUUAUUUACAUGGGGUGCCCCAAGAUUUAUUGAUCCUGCUGCUCCUCCAACAUAUGACGAUGCUGCCUUUGAUCGUUUUGUCUCGGGGAAAUCAGAAAUAAGAGUACAAGUCUGUAAAUUAUUCCUUAAGGAUGUAGAGAGUCGUCGUCGAGUAAACACCAUCAAUUCUUUUACUAAAUUAUAUCAUAAUAUUCCUCUUGCUAAAUUAGGACGUUUAAUGGGUGAUGGUAGCGAAGAAGGAGAGAAUAAUAUACGUAAUGGUCUUAUGUGUGUAAAAAUACAAAAUCAACAAAAAGUAUGGAGACAGGGACCAUUAACAUCUGGUGAAUUAAUUCUUACACAGAAUCAUAAUGAGCAUCUUAUUGAGUUCAAGAUUGAUGGAGAUAUGCUACAUGUUAAGGUAUAG